AUGACUGAGGGAAGCGAAUCAGAUGGCGGUAAUGCCAUAGAGAGUCCGUCAAACACUAUAACGCCUAACAUAUCGAAAGGACAGCUUUUCGGUCCCUUUUCUAAUCCAUUGCAUUGGCUAUCAUUCAAGUCAUGCGAUAAUAAUAACAAUAAUCACUCGUCGACUGAACUCUUUAGGCGAAUAGAAAUCGCCAGACAUUCAGACGAACAGAAUCUAAAAGUAAUUCACAGAAACGGAAACUUUUAUUUCAAAGUUAUUCGUAAUAUCAGUUGUGAUGAGACCAGAGAUGGAGCCGAAAGGCCCAAACUGUACGCCUGGUUUAGCCGCGAACUCGAGGCCAGAUUCCCGACGCCAUCCAUGAGUUGCCUCAACGGAAGUGUCAGAUAUUUCUGUCCGCUUUGUAACGAAGUGUUUCUCUACUCUAAUCUCGUGGUCACUCAUAUACUCUGUGUUUUGUUUCUCUACUCUAAUCUCGUGGUCACUCAUAUACUCUGUGUUUGUCCCAAACGCAUACAAAUCGACUCAAUCCCUGUCCCGUCCGACACCACAUCCACACCACGCCAUACGACGGAACCGACGGUCAAUCAACACGUGUUGGGAAACUCGUCACUGGGAAACGGAUCCGCACCACAAGAGGUCAAACCACCGGCAAAACGGAAACAAGGCUUCGAUAUCGCGUCUCUCGUCAGAGAGGAGUCUAACGAAAGCUUUCCCACAAAUAAACGGACUAAAAGUUCUUCAGAUACCGACAAAUGCGAAGACAAUGUCACGAAUUCCAGUGCUUUUCAUCGGCCAAAGUCGCCACACGCUGUCCAUAAAUCCAAUCAAUUGGUCACCAAUUCAUCGGCAAUGGAUAUGAUAUCGUCUCCACUGAUGACGAGUGCGUUCAAGAAAGUGGACCAUAAGAUGAGUUCUGUUCAAAACCCAUACGACUUCUCAGCCAUAUAUCAAAGAGUGGCCACUUCUUCAAUGUUGCCGUCGACCACAUCGUCGGCCACUCAUCCACUGCUACACCAAAUGUCGUUAUCUGCGCCGCUCUCGUCAUCGCUGUCCACAUCGCUGUCGAGUACAAGCGCUAAGUCGUUGGUGUCCAACACUCUUCUGCCAUAUCUGCCGCCAUCGUUGGCAGCGCUCACAUUCCCGACCACCAAUUGGUGCGCCAAAUGCAACGCUUCCUUCCGCAUGACAUCCGAUUUGGUUUAUCACAUGAGAUCUCAUCACAAGAACGCCAUAACCGGCGAUACCAUGAAGAAGAAGAGAGAGGAGAAGUUGAGAUGUAAUAUAUGUAACGAGACAUUCAGAGAGCGACACCAUUUGACAAGACAUAUGACAAGCCAUCAGUGA